AGUUCAAGAAUAUUAGGGUUUACUUUCUCUCUCUAGAUUUAUGGAAAUGGGUGAAGCAGCUCCUUGUCUGAUGCGUUCAGUUUCACAGCCUUUUUUCGCUUCUUGCGAAUACAAAGAGGGAGAUCCUCUUAGAGCCCUAACGACGUCGAUUUCAUUUGGGCGGUUCAUGACUGAACCGUUGGAUUGGGAAAGAUGGUCUUCGUUUUCUCAUAGUCGGACCCUAGAGGAUGUUCAGAAAUACUCUAGACCUGGUGUGGUUGCCGAGAAGAAAGCUUUUUUUGAGGCACAUUACAAGAAAAUUGCAGCCAAGAAAGCUGCAAAAUCACCUAAGAAAGAAAACAAAGCUCCUAAUUACUCCCCUGAAACCAAUGCUAUAAGUCCUGUCACUCUUUCUAGGAACUCGGAUUCUAGAAGAUCAAAUUCUCAUUCCGCCAUUGAUGACACGGGAGGAAAUGAGUCGACGACACUUGCUACCAAUGAAUAUAUACCAAGUAAUAGACAUGCGGAACAGGAAAUAGGAUCGAUUGAAGAUGUUUGCUCACCUAGCGUUGGUCUAAUUUCUUCAGAAAUCGACUAUAUCUCGAGUAUUGGCCAUGUGGAACAGGAAAAGGCCUCGAUCGAAAAUGUUCGCUCACCUAGUAGUAAUCAAGUUUUCCCACAAUUCGGCAAUGUCGAGGAUAACGUGCCAAGUGGCAGCCAGGUGGAACAGGAAAAGGCAUCAAUUGAAAAUGUGUCGUCACCUAGUACUAAUCAAGUUUUCCCACAAUUUGUCGAUGUUGAAGAUAACGUGCCAAGUGGCAGCCAGGUGGAACAGGAAAAGGCAUCGAUCGAGAAGGUUUCAUCACCUAGUACUUACCAAGUUUUCCCACAAUUUGGCAACGUUGAUGAUAACAUGCCAAAUGGCAGCCAGGUGGAACAGGAAAAGGCAUCAAUCGAAAAUGUUUCCUCAGAGAGUCAUCAGUUUCUGGUUGAGAACUCAAGCCAGUCUAGUCAUGAUGACAGGAAAAAGAAAGCACGCAUCAAGGAUGCUGCUAAUGGUAGGGAUAAAGUAUCAGGGCAGACAAAACCUGAAAUUUCUUCAUCUAAAUCUUCGAGUAAAAAUGGAGUCUACAAGCUCCAAAGUCCUCGAAAAGCACCAACUCCUCCAAUUUGCCCCAGGAAGGCUGCAAUAGAUGUGACAGAAAAAAAGAGAUCACCUCCACAAUCUCUUCAUAUGUCCAUGAAUUUUCCUCAUGCUCGAAAAAAUAUUGGUUUGUAUUCUUCGCCAUUUGCUCCCAAGAAUGGGACCUCAAAAACUAUAUGUAAAUCGAAAGACAAACCGACACAGCAAGCUCUAACCAGGGUGUCGGUCAAUGGGGUAAAGAAAAGUUCUGAGGUACUUCCAAGACAAGAAAUCAGAAGGUUUAAACCACUGUUAGAUUGUUUUGUCAAUGGCAGAAGAAAAGUUGACCAGAAGUCCAUUUCGACAAGCCAUUCAGAAGCAUCAAGUGCAUGUAUAAAGAAACCAAGAUCUUCUACUGUGCCUACAUCGUUUAGCUUUAGAAGUGAAGAAAGAGCAGCAAAACGUAAAGAGUUCUUUCAAAAGCUCGAAGCAAAGAGCAACACCAAGGAAAUGGGAACAAUUCAGCUUCAACCAAAAUUGAAGGAGAAAGCAAGGAAUGACAAUAAAAAGCUGAGCUCUGCUCCGGCUCUAGAAGCAAAACCAAGUACAAGUGAAAGAAAAGCGCCAAGUAAUAGCAUGGAAAAGGAGAAAGCAAGGAAUAGCAAUAAAAAGCUGCAUUGUGCUCUGGUUCUAGAAGCAAAACCAAGUAGAAGUGAAGCAAAGGCGCCAAGUAAUGGCAUGCAAAAGAAGAAGAAAGCAAGGAAUGACAACAAAGAGCUGCUCUGUGCUCCAGCUCUAGAAGCAAAACCAAGUACAAGUGAAGCUAAAGCGUCAAGUAAUGGCAUGGAAAAGGAGAAAGCAAGGAAUGACAAUAAAGAGCUGCGCUGUGCUCCAGCUCUAGAAGUAAAAGCAAGUACAAGUGAAACAAAAGCUCCAAGUAAUAGCAUGCAAAAGAUCAUGCAGGUUCCACCAACAAGACCCUGCUCACCAAAGCUUGGAAGGAAGCCAACUCCCAGACUAGUGCUAGAUACUUGUUAUCAAUCUCCUUGGAGGUCAUCUUCCAAGCCAAAGAAUUUUAUAGAAUUAAAUAAGAAAUUACUAAGUAGUUCUAUGGCUUCACUGCCUACUAAGAAAAUGUAUGAUUCAACCUUGAUGUCAAAGAAAUAAUAUUGAAGUUUGGGUGUGU